AGAUAGAUGUCCUGUCCAUGGGAAGACAACAAACAAAAUAUUUACAGUCAUUGUGUUAGUAGUCCCAUCCCUCAAAAUGACAGAGAUAAAGGACUCCACUAUUAAACCACAAAGCUCUUCCACAAACUGAAGUGUCAAGACGGGAAUGACUGGGUGUACAUCUGUGACUUUCUUACUAAAUAAGUUCCUCUCUAUACUGGACAUGUUUUUCAUUUUGGUUGUUCUUUUACAAGCUGUGAGUGCUACACAGGCCAUAGCCCUAGAUCCCUGCUCAGCGUAUAUCAGUCUGAAUGAACCAUGGCGGAAUACUGACUACCAUGUCAACAACUCUGCGGGAGUCCCUCUGUGCGACCGGCAUGUGGCGGGGGAAUGGUAUCGCUUUACAGGGAUGGCUGGGGAUGCUAUGCCAACCUUCUGCAUCGAUGAGAACCACUGUGGUACCCAUGCCCCCAUCUGGCUGAAUGGCAGUCACCCUCGGCCUAGUGAUGGCGUUGUCACCCUACCUGCUUGUGCUAGCUUCAAUAAUAACUGCUGUCACUGGACAGCUAGUGUGGACGUAAAGGCCUGUGCUAAGGGUUACUACGUCUACCGCCUACCCCGACCCUCUGUCUGCUUCCACGUCUACUGUGGCCAUUUCUAUGACAUAUGCGAUGAGGUUGAGUGUAAUGGAGCAGACUGCCCUGUUGAGCCAGAAUGCCGCUGUUCAGAGGGAACGGUUCUAGGACCUGAUGCACAGACAUGUCUGGAUGUAAACGAAUGUGAGAAAGGGAAUGGAGGAUGUGCAGAAGUAUGCAUCAACACCAAGGGCUCUCGUCGAUGUGAGUGUGGACGAGGUAAAGUACUGGACGUAGACGGGAAGAGCUGUAAAGAGACUGAAGGAUGUGACAAUGUGAAUGGAGGCUGUAGCCAUGGAUGCUCCUCAGAGGACGACUCAUAUAACUGUCACUGUCCCCGGGGUCUGACGUUGGGAGAUGACAAACGGACCUGUCAGGUCCCUGUGCAGUGUGAUCCUAGUUCCAUAGAGGUUUCAGUUCCCAAAGACCUGGUGGGAGGACUUGAACUCUUCCUGUCUAAUACUUCCUGCCGUGGCAUUUCCAACGGCACUCACAUUAACCUCCACUUUAGUCUGAAGACCUGUGGCACUGUGGUCCAGGUCAUUGAUGACAAAAUCGUUGGCACCAACUUGGUGACAGGUUUGCCACGGUCUAGUCGCAGCAAUGGUGAUUUGAUCGUGCGCACCAGUAAACUACUGCUGCCAAUUACGUGCGAGUUUCCACGGCAGUAUGAAGUGUCAGAUGGCUACCUGCCGAGUCUGCGCAACACAGCGCUGGAGUUAGCGGGCCACAGCGAAGGAAUAUUCCCCUUCAGUUUGGAGCUGUUUAAGAGCGCAGAAUUUUCUGAACCGUACAACCAACCUCCUCAACUGCGGUUGCGUGAUUCAUUGUACUUCGGCGUUGAGCCUCGAGAGCGGGUGGAUGGCCUUGCUGCUUUUGUAGAAAGCUGUUUUGCUACACCUGGCCCCAAGGCUGACCAGGCCUUAAAAUAUUACCUCAUCAAAGAUGGCUGCAUUUCAGACGAAACAGUGCGUCAGCUUUCGGCUAAAGACCAGCUCUCCAAACACUACCAGGUCCCCGUCUUCAAGUUCAUUGGCAAGGACAACCGAGAGGUGUUCCUGCAUUGCCGUGUGCUGGUGUGUGGGCAGGCACAAGGGGAAUCUCGCUGUACGCAAGGCUGCAGAAAGCGCUUGAGGCGACAUCUCUGGACCGACCAGCACCAAGAGAAAGACGUUCUGUCUAGUGGACCCAUUCGUAUACUGCCAGACCCAUGAGACCACACACAUCUCUUACCUACAUAAAGAAAACAACGCCAUCUACAGGCUGCUUUACUUUAUUUAAACACAUCCAAACUGUAUAUCUACAGUAAUCUUACAUUUAUGAGUAAUAUAAGGAGCAUUUGUUAAAGUCUGUCUCAUCUCACUUGCUUCCUUCCACUGCUUCUGACACAAUAUUAAUAUAAACCUCAUCUACAUGACCAAAAAUAUGCAUCUACUGUAAGUGAUGUUAACAGUAUAAGCCUGAGCAUUUUUUUAAUAUAGCUUAGAACAUGAAACUGAGUAGCAUUUUUUAAUAAAGCUUAGAACAUGAAACUGAGUAGCAUUUUACAAUCCUGAAUGGAUAAUUUGCAUUUACAUUCAACACUGUUUUACUGAUGGGGAAAAUAAAGUGAUUUUACAGCCAAUAAAGUUAUUUUUCACA